AACAAAUCUUCUGAUAGGAGAAAAGUUCAUGCUGGAGUUUUCCAAGAGCUCGGAGGGCCAUAUGAAGUCCAAGCUGAACAUGGAGAGUAUGACCAAGCCAGAGUUGCUGAUGCUCUUCAGCAUCCUGGAGGGAGAGCUGGAGGCACGGGACCUGGUCAUCGAUGCCCUGAAGGCUCAGCGUAAAGACCUGUUCAUCCAGGAGCGAUAUGGAAGGUACAACCUAAGCGACCCCUUCCAGGCCUUGCAGAGAGACGGUGAGGUGAUGGGCGGCCAGAGCAAGGACCCUGGCUGUUCCUCCUCCACCUCCAACCCUCUGGUGGUUCUUAAACUGGUGGUGAGCCACUGCAGGAGGAUGCAAGAAAAGAUGUUGGCCCAGCUGGCUGCAGCUGAAAGCAGGCACAGAAGGGUCAUUGCAGAUCUGGAGGAGGAAAAGAGGAGGCAUGCAGAGGAUACAGCCGAGGGAGAUGAUGUCACUUACAUACUGGAGAAGGAGAGGGAGCGCUUACAACAACAGCUGGAAUUUGAGCGGAGCCAGGUCCGGCGUUUGGAAAAAGAUCAGCGGCGGAUUACUGACCAGCUAGAAGAAGAACGGGCUCAACAUAAACAACUCUCUUGUGCUUUGGCCAAAGAGUGCAAGUGGGCGAGUGCCAGGGCUCUGGAGGAGGGUCACCGCCUAACAGAGCUGAGCCGUAAACUUGACAAGGAAAAGGAAGCUUGUCAGGCCCUGAAGAAGGAGCUGGAGGACGAGGGGAGGAGAGCCCUGAGGAUGGAGGCGAGGGUGGAGGAGCAGCUGGCCGAGUUCGACACAGAACGAGAGCAGCUCCGCUCACGGCUGAAGAAGGAGGAAGCUCACUGCUGUCAGCUACAACAAGAGGUAGAAGAGCUGAGGAGGAAGCUGGAGGAGGCGACUAUGACGAGAGAAGUCAGAGGGGCGGUUACAGCUUCAGUAGAGGCAGCAGGAAAGGAGUGGGCCACAAAAGUUGUUUCAGGAAAGACGACAGUAGACACUAUUAAGGUUGAGGAUAUUGAGGAAGACAGAAGCCAGCAACCUGUGCAGCCAAAAGUCAACGGUUUCCAUUGUUCAAUGGAGAGCAAUGGGCACCACAGUCCAAACAGCGCCCCCUCAGAUAAGACCUGCCUACAAAAUGGGAAUGAAAAUUCUCCAGUUCAGAAUAAGACAUUGCACUCCUCCUGCAGUACAGUCUCUUCCACUUUCCCCCCUUCCUCCCCCUCUGCCUCGCCUGUCCUUGCCAAACGCCCGCCAGGUAGCCCGAUUCCUGGUGGGUACCAGUCUCCCUACCAGGCCGGGAUCAACCAACGCUUCCAUGCUGCUCGUCACAAGUUCCAGGGUACCAUUGACCCUGAGCCUCAGUGCCAGUCCCCACAGCCAGCUCUUCCCCUGUCACCCCUCUCACCCGUAUCACCAAAGGACCCCUCCCCUGUGCCCAGCAGCCCCUCCCCAGAAGCCAGCCCAGUCAAGCAGAUGGCCCGAAGCACCGUCACUCAAGUCCUGUCUCGCUUCACCACCGUCCAGCAGAGCAUCACACCCAAACUCACAGCACCAAACAAUUCACCGUUCGGUACAGACUACCGCAGCCUGGCAGCCCCCUUGUCUCCAGUCAUCGGGAGGGCCGCAGCAGCACUUUCGCAGGGCAUCAGAUCACCUACAAUCCCCAGGGCAGACAGGGGCAACCCUCCACCCAUCCCCCCUAAGAAGCCCGGUCUGGCCCAGGCCCCUCCCUCUCCGGCUGCGGUGCCCAGGUCUGCUAGUCAUUUCUCUGACAGUCCCCUCUCAGGUAACUGUGGCCUCACCUCCAGCCAGGAGGGGGUCAAAGAACUGGACAUGGUGGUUUCUUCUAAUUAACUGAUCAUUUGAUGCAUCGAUAAAUGAGUCAGUUGCUGCUCUGCUCGAGAGAUGAUGGUUUAAUCCACAUCACAUAAUUAUGGUUAAGGUAUUGUCCUGUACAUGACAGAACUUAUAUCCUGUGCUUAUUUGAACAGAGAUCCCUUCAAACACUGUUGUGCUUUUUAUAUUUAUUAGAUUCUUUUUUUAAAUAUGCGCUGAGGCACUAUUUUAGGUAGUUUUUAAGGGGCUGGUACUAAUGAGCAAUUAUAAAUGUGCCAAUACUGUUUGUUCGGCGCAGCAUUUUAUCAUAAGUCUUUUGAUUUUAUGGUGUCAUAUUUCCAAAGAAUGCAAAACCAACUUACUGAAGAGUUAUUAUUUUUCCCCAUACUUUGUCUCAAGUAUGUUGCUUGUUAUUAUAAACAAAUUAUAAUCAGACCAAAUGUAACAAGUAUUCCUUGGACCAAUGUAUGCUACAUAGUCUCAUUUCAGUGUGCACUCAUAUGUUGCCGUCUUUUUUUAUAAAAAUGUAUUUGUUUUAUAAAUGUUCCUCAGUUCAUAAUGUAUGAUUGUUUUAUACAGCUAGCUCAGUGUUUAUACUGUGUGUUGUUCAUGUAUUACUAUAAUGUUGCAUAGUUAUGAUAAAUAUCAUAUAAGCACCAAUUAUACACAGUCACCAUUGUACAAUAUGUUGGUUAAGAUGAGUGAUUCAGAAUAAUAUCAUGCCUUUGUCAUUUACAAGAAAUCAUUA